AUGGAGCCUGCGGGACUUACUUUUGCUGUCGUAGGAACAGUGGACCUUUGCCUCAAAUACGGCAAACUUCUGCUAGCAAAGUACAAAGACUACAAACAUGCCGAACGGGAUGUCAGCGAAGUGAUAAUAUCUAUCGAGGGUUCCUGGCUAAAGACAGAGAUUCAGCUGGAAUAUGUCAGGAAGAUCUGGGAAAGGCUCGAUGAGCGUCUCCAGGCUCACUAUCACCAGGUCCUUCAAGUCCUUCAGGACAAAUUGCAAGCAGCCUUGGCCAAGGUGGAUAGUGUGCUGGGCUGCAAAGAUAUAAAAACUUACAACCCUGAUUCCCACAGUAACCGACUUCCGGUGAAAAAGUUGAAAGCCGCUAUGCUGAAGCCUGGAAUCCAACAGGCAAUUCAGGACUUGCAGGACUGGCAGACGAAAUUUGACCCUUCGUGGUACUUGAUGACACUCGUGGCGGAUUCGACAAUCGAUCAGCACUUGCAACACAGGACGACUCUAGAUAAUGGCCCUACCGAAAAACUGAAGGCCAUCAGAGAGGCAAUGAGACCCACGGAUACCUAUCUGAUGCGGAAAUCCAUAUUCAUCGACGGUAGAUCGAUUGAAGGUCUCAGGCAGCAUCUCUCAUUGUAUACGACCUAUGUCUCGCAUAUGCAUGACGGCCAAGCUGUUCUCAUCGAUACAAUAACAUACCCCCCGGGUACCAACAUGUCGACCGCAAUAAUUCAUGUUCGUGACCUGGCCAUAGUGCUUUCGAACGCUGAUCCUGAGGUGUUCGGACUUCUUGCAUGCCACGGCGUCGUAGCAAUUGCUAAUGAACAGGCUGAGAGUUCUCAAUUCCAAUUUGUCUUUGCCAUUCCCCCAGGACUAUUUAACCCUAGGACUCUCCGGGACUUACUCCUACAUGGAGCGACCUACCCACUGGACCAGCGAUUCCAACUCGCGAAGAAGCUGGCUCGAUCAGUCACAUUUGUGCAUACGUACGGAUUUGUGCACAAGAAUAUUCGACCAGAUACGAUUGUUGUGUUUCAAGACCAUUCGUCCGUUCUUGGACAUUCCUUUCUCGUUGGCUUUGAGAGAUUCAGACCAGCCGCUGCAGGGUCUCAGCUCCAAGGCGAUCCACGCUGGGAGACGAACCUGUAUCGUCAUCCUAGACGACAGGGAUCGCGACCCGAAGAUACAUAUAUUAUGCAGCACGAUAUCUACAGUCUGGGUGUCUGUCUCCUUGAGUUCGGCCUUUGGAGCUCGUUUGUGUGUCCAAACGGCGAGUCGAUGGGACCCGGUCCAGAGCUGGUACAGGCUGGUGUGAUGAUUGGAACAGACGACGCAUUUUCAAUCAAGCGAAAGUUGGUUUCAAUGGCCAGCGACAGGUUGCCCGGCUUGAUGGGGCCAAGGUAUACCAAUAUAGUGAUUUCUUGUUUACGUUGCCUUGACCCAGAGGAGACCAAUUUAUUUGGCACUACAGCAGAAUUGGAGGAUCAAGACGGGAUUGUUGUUGGAGUACGAUAUAUUGAGAAGGUGAUUGCUAUUCAUUGCACAAUCUGA